UGUGGGAUGAGUGAGUGGAGAGUUUGUCAAAAAGUUGUGCACAUGAGCUGUUCCUUAUCGCAGACAAGCAGGAAUUAUUUAUUUUUCUUAAAUGGCGGAGGAGCUGUUAGUGGAAGGUGAUGCAAAGGGUAAUGGGCAACUCACAAGGUCACUGCUGGCGGUGGCUUUCCUGUCCUCAUUCGGCAGCUCCAUGCUCUAUGGCUACAAUUUGGCGGUGGUCAACUCCCCUGCACAGUACAUCAAAGCAUUCUACAAUGCGUCGAUUACAGAAACCCACCACUGGACUCCAGAUGAGAAGUUCCUCACCAUCUUGUACUCCCUCACUGUGUCGGUGUUUGCCAUCGGUGGCAUGGUGGGGGCUCUGCUGGUGGCCAAACUAGUCACCAGAUAUGGAAGGAGGGGGACAGUGGUGAGGUCCAGCAUGCUGGUGUUUAUAGGAGGAGCUCUGAUGGCCUUCAGCAGAGGGUGCGGGUCACCUGCCAUGGUCAUAAUUGGCCGCUUCAUCACAGGAGUACACUCAGGUAUUUCGCUCAGCGUGGUGCCAAUGUACCUCGGCGAGAUUGCGCCAAAGACACUACGAGGUUUCCUGGGCCUCAUUCCCAGCAUCCACAUUUGUCUCGGGGUCUUCAUUGCUCAGGUCCUGGGGCUCCAUGAACUGCUGGGAAAGGAAGAGAAUUGGCCUCUGCUUCUGUCCCUCGGGAUGUUCCCUGCCACUGUCCAGGUGAUGCUGUUGCCAUGGUUCCCAGAGAGUCCACGCUACCUGUUGAUAGACAAGGGAAAUGUGCACGCCACCAUCGCAGCCCUAAAGUGGUACCGCACUAAAGGAAACAUCCAGGCGGAAAUCGAUGAGAUGCAGGAGGAGCAGCGCUCUUUGUCCUCCGUCCAGAGCGUCUCUGUCUGGGGCCUGAUCAGGGACCGCUGCGUCCGCUGGCAGGUCAUCAGCAUCAUUGUGGUCAACGUCGGCAUGCAGCUGUCCGGCAUCGAUGCGAUCUGGUACUACACAAAUGAGAUAUUUAAAAACGCCGGGAUCCCAGAGCCUCACAUUCAGUAUACAACAGUGGGAACUGGUGCGAUCGAGGUCAUCUCUGGAGUUCUGGGGUGUUUCACGAUCGAUCGUCUGGGCAGGAAACCUCUGAUGAUUGGCGGCUUCCUCUUCAUGGGUAUCUGCUGUGCAGGGAUCACUGUGUCUGUCCUCUUCCAGGCGGAGCUGUGGUUCAUGCGCUACAUCAGUGUGGGCUGCGUUGUUGGAAUAAUCGCUGGCUUCUGCAUAGGCCCAGCUGGCGUGCCGUUCCUGAUCACGGCCGAGCUGUUUAAACAGUCACACAGACCGGCUGCCUACACUGUGGCUGGAUGUCUCAACUGGUUGUCCAACUUCACCAUCGGCUUCGUCUUCCCCUUCCUAGAGCUUGCUACAGGCCCUUACUGUUACCUGAUCUUCUGCGUGAUCUGCUUGGGAGUGGCCAUCUACACCAUCUUCAUCAUUCCCGAGACCAAGAACAAAACCUUUAUGGAGAUCAGUCAAAUGUUCGCCUCCAGGAACAACGUACUUGAGGAGGAGUUGACGUCCAACGGUCAUUUGAAAAUGGCUAUGAUGAACGGAUACGGGACCCUUUCCCAGUAUGAUGAGAAGUACGAGAUAGAGUGA